GACCUGGUAAAACCACAAAGCCUGAGCACGCAACAAAACAGAGGAAGCUUUGUUUUCAUCUACUUCUACUCAAAAGCAUCCAGCUUUCCAGGAGAAAAGAAGGGAGCGAUUCCGUCUGUAUCCUCCGACUCGCCGAGUUCGUGACCCCGCCUCGCCGCCGGACCCUAGAAGAAGCGGCCAGGCGUUUCCGCGCCAACCGCCAAACGAGCUGCAGAGCUCGCACCUUCUCUUUCUUCCCUUGGUUUGAGUAGCCGUGGCGGCCUGCUCCGGCCGGUGCCGCUCAGAUCUACCGCGGCAGAGGGGAAGCCCCGGGUUCAUGAUGGAGCACACCGCCGUCGGCGAGGAUCAGGCCAUGUCCGUUGAAGAAACUUGAUAAUUGAAUUGGAAUUCGUUUGGUUUUAGGGCAGAUGGCGUUUGCUAUAGACCUUCGCGAUAAGCAUCGCCUGGACCUGGAGAGUUUAACGCUGACAUCACAGCCAUUCAAAACACUCGCAUUAUUUGUGCUAGCCAUUGGACAGAGUAUAAGAAGCACAUGUUCAUGUGUUCUGAAAGAAGGUUCUCGGUUGAAGUUCCUGGUUCCGUUGCUUGGUGCUACCUGUGUGCUUCUCUUGGUAACUGAUGGCCCACAUGAGAAGCAUAUGCAGGAACUGCUUUGGUAUGCCAGAUUUGGAUUAUGGUGGGUCAUACUAGGGGUGGCUUCAUCCAUUGGAUUAGGCUCUGGCUUGCACACCUUUGUGUUGUAUUUAGGGCCUCAUAUCGCCCUUUUCACAAUGAAAGCGGUUCAGUGUGGCCGGGUUGAUUUAAAGAGUGCUCCUUAUGACACUAUUCUUCUUAAAAGGAGGCCUUCAUGGUUGGAGAAAGAAUGUCUGGAGUUUGGACCUCCAAUAUAUCAGGAAACAAUCCCAUUCAGCAAAAUACUGCAUGAAGUUCAUCUUGAAGCUGUUCUUUGGGGCAUUGGAACUGCACUUGGAGAGCUUCCUCCAUAUUUUAUCUCUAGAGCAGCUAGCAUGUCAGGCCAAAAAGUAGAGGAGUUGGCAGAAUUGGAUGCUUCUAUCUCAAAAGAAGGUUUUCUAUCAUCAAUUCUACGGCGGGCCAAGCGCUGGCUUAUGUCUCACUCACAAUAUCUUAACUUCCCUACAAUACUGCUACUUGCUUCGGUGCCAAACCCUCUGUUUGAUCUUGCUGGCAUUUUGUGUGGACAAUUUAACGUCCCCUUCUGGAAGUUCUUUCUGGCAACUUUAAUUGGGAAGGCCAUUAUCAAGGUUUAUAUGCAGACAACAUUGGUAAUUACUCUCUGCAACAACCAACUUCUUGAAUUGGUGGAGGAAAGGCUUGUAUGGGUGUUUAGCAAUUCCCCUGGAGUAUCAUCCAUCCUUCCCUCUUUAGUCACCAAGUUGAAGACAGCUAAGGAUAAGUUUUUAAUGGCAAGUGUUGCUACAUCAGCUUCUAGUGCUGCGAAGGGGAAGAAGUGGAAUCUGUCGUUCUCUUUGAUCUGGAAUACCGUGGUGUGGCUCAUGGUCGUGAAUUUCAUCGUUCAGAUAAUCACUUCCACGGCACAGAGUUAUCUCAAGAAACAACAAGAGCUUGAGAUCAGCAUGAAGUCAUCAGCUACAAUGAGUUCCGCUUCUGAACCUGCUGCCGGAAUAUCAAAUUAAUCGAGCCAGGGCAUUUCAUCCAGACAGAUAUUCAAUUUAUAUUCAUGCCAUCAGUUCCUGCAUGAUACUGAUUUGGGAAUUCUAAAUCUGGUCAUUUACUGGAUAGCUGGCAUCUUCUCCAAGAAAUCACAUUGAUACAGUGUAUAUAGCCCACCCCAUCAAGCCAGCAUGACUGCAAAAUUAAGAAGCGCUGUCUGUAUUCUCGUGGAGCACUUGCUUAUUGAUCUACUUAGUAGAAAGUCAGCAAAAAAGAGAGGAGAAAAAAGGAAGUCACCGUCCGUCGGUCAAAAAAAAAAAAAAAACAGGAAGUUCGACUAGUGCGCAAGUGUAAUGUUGGCCUUGUACAUAGCAACCAAGAUAUUGCCAUGAAUUGCACAAUAAGCAUUAAGUUUGUGCCUACCA